AGACAAACGAUGGCACCUCUCCUAUCCGCGUUGGUCCUCCUCCUGGCAGCAACCGCCGCCGUCCUGGCCAAACCGACCAGCAAGAUCGCGGGCGGCGUUCCGAGCGGCGAGCACGAGUUCCCGUACCAAAUCUCGCUCCAGCUGGACGGACGCCACUUUUGCGGCGGUUCGCUCAUCUCGGACCGCUUCGUGCUGACCGCUGGCCACUGCACGGGGGCGCUGCUGUCCGGGUUGACCGUCGAGGUCGUCGCCGGAGAGCACGACUUUAGCGCGCCAAGCGAGCACGCUCAACGGCGGAUCGUGGACGAGUUUUGGGUUCACGAGGAUUACGUGGUGGGGAUGGUGGCGCCGAACGACGUGGCGGUUCUUCGCGUGGACCGGCCGUACGAGCUGAACGAGUUUGUGGGGUUGGUUCAGCUGCCGGGGAAGAACGUGCUGCACGACGGAACUUGCGUCAUAAGUGGCUGGGGAUCGGUUUCGUUCAACGCCUAUCCGAUCUACCCGGACGUGCUGCAGAAGGCCUAUCUGCCCAUCAUGGACCAGGAGCAGUGCGUGAAGAUUUGGGAGGGAGGACCGGUGGCGGACAGCAACGUUUGCGCCGGAACGGUCGAGGGAGGCACCGGAGUUUGCUCGGGAGAUUCCGGCGGUCCGCUGGUGAUGGAGGGCCCUGAACACAAGGAACAGGUCGGCAUCGUUUCCUGGGGAGGAGUCCCGUGCGGAGGUCCCAACAACCCGGGAGUGUUUGUGCGCGUGUCCUACUUUAUCGACUGGAUCGAGAACAAACUUGCCCGCAAGGAUUAGUGAGAUUUAGAAAAGUGAAUAAACCGAAUUGAUUUUUGUCAAAACUA